AGUGUAUUAGUUAACAAAUAAGUAUAAAUUACUGCUAGAGUGUAAUGGCGUCAUCACACGACAUAGGAGAAAUUUCAGAGGUGGUCUCUAAUAUGUCGACUGACAAUACAACUGAAGAAAAUUUAAAUGCUCAAGACACUGAAAUGCUUGAUGCUAGCUCCAUUUUGCUUAAAAAGCAAUGUGAUAAAACCGCUUAUUUAGACGGUAAAUUUUUUUCUGUUGACUACAAUCAGUCUACUCUGGAAGGUAACAAAAUUAUGGCAAAAUGUCGUAUGUGUCCUGAACAAUUAAGACCAAUUAAAGGGAUGCUUGGUGUAUCAUCCAAUUUUGUUAAACAUCUUGAACAAAAACAUCAAUUGGUAAAAGAUGAAUAUGAAAUAUAUGCUAAGAGAAAGCGUGCAAAAAUUGACAAAGAAGUUCGAUUCACAUGUACAUUUUCUCAAGAAGAAUUUGAAGAGAAUGUUACAGCAUUUAUAUUAGACAGCAUGUCACCUUUAAGCAUCGUAGAGAGACCUUCAUUUAGGAAGAUAUUUGAUGGUAAAUCAUUAACAAUAAAAAGAGGUAAUCAGCAACUGAAACAAUUAUCGCGGCAUACUGUAUAUAGAAAUAUAAAAACAAUAUGUAAUAAGCAACAGCAAAAAAUUAAGACUGCAAUAGAGAACGCUCCUUUUGUGUGCACAACGGCAGAUAUUUGGUCAGCAACAAAUCGCCGAUUCAUGGGUGUUACUGCUCAUUGGAGUCCAAUAACUAUGACUGCACAUUUACUGGAAAGAAAGUCGGCUGCGAUUGCAUGCAGAACAUUUCCUGGCAACCAUACAUGGGAUAAUGUUGCUGAGUUAUUAUUACAAAUUAAUAAAUCAUUUGGAUUAGUUGGAGAAAAAUUGAUCUCAACUGUUACAGACAAUGGUUCAAAUUUCGUAAAAGCGUUUAAACAACUAGGAGUUACCUUAUAUAGAGAUAAAAAUGAAGAUCAUAAUUGCAUAGACAGUGAUCUUGAUGAAGAUAAUGAUAUUAUAAUAGGACUAACUAAUUCAACUGAUGGCUGUAGUUUGCUAGAAGAGAACUUAGAAGAAUUGCCUCAGCAUAUACGCUGCGCUAGUCACACAUUACAUUUAGUGGCUACUAAUACUACAAUAACAGCCUUGAACGAUAAUAACAGGUUCAAAAUUAUUUAUGAUGAAACAAUUUCCCGAUGUGAAACUUUGUGGAAGAGUAUGCGAUCGCCAAAAAAACGCGAAUUAUUAAUAAAGCACUUCGGUUGUUCAUUGAAAAGACCUGUUAUUACACGAUGGAACUCAUUUUUUGAUAGUUUAUAUCAAAUACAUUCACUGCAAGAUAAAAUAAUGCAAGUUGAUGUAUUGCAAAAAAUCUUGGAUUCAAGAAACAUCCUUAGGUUCGAAGAUUUUCGAUUUAUUAAGGAAUACUUGACUUGUGUUGAGCCUCUUGCGAAAGCAAUAGAUAUAUUGCAAUCCGAAAAAAAUUGCUAUUACGGAUAUUUAUUGCCAACAUUAAUUUCACUAAGAAGGAAAUGGUACUUUCUAAAAGAACAAACUAGUAUUAAUACUUGCAAACCACUUCUAAGCGCGAUGUUGAUUGAUUUAGAAUCGCGCUUUUAUGAUUUCUUUCAUGUUACAAAUGUUGACAAAAUAGCUGCGAUCGCUGCGGUAACGCAUCCAAAAUUUAAAAAUCGAUGGUUAGGAUGUUUAUCACCAAAAUUACAAGAACGAGUGAGGGAAAAAGUUUUAGAAGCCUACAUCAAUUUUCGAAUGCCACACCUCAGCAAAGUCAUUCAUUAAUGAGAAAAGAG